AUGUCGUGGAUUCUUGUGAAGUGUCAGCUUGAGUCAUACAAAGUUUGUUGACUGUGGUUAGGUCAUAUAGAAAAGAUAUUGGUUUUCGGUACCGUGAAACAUUACCGACACAGGAAAGACAUUAUUAUAGUGUGUUUCAUUGAACACUUUAGGUUUGUUACAUAAUUCCAGCAAGAUCAUUUCUUCAGUACAAAUAACAUACACAAAAAUAUACCAUAAUGUUAGUACUUGUGCUUGGAGAUUUGCAUAUUCCACAUAGAUGUAGCAGUUUACCAGCAAAAUUCAAGAAGCUGUUGGUACCAGGAAGGAUUCAACACAUAUUAUGUACAGGAAAUCUUUGCACCAAAGAAUCAUAUGAUUAUUUGAAAACUCUUGCCAGUGAUGUUCAUGUUGUUCGUGGAGAUUUUGACGAGAAUCUGAAUUAUCCUGAGCAGAAAGUGGUGACUGUUGGUCAGUUUCGAAUUGGUUUAUGCCAUGGCCAUCAGGUUGUUCCAUGGGGAGAACCAGAUUCUCUUGCUCUUAUUCAGCGACAAUUAGAUGUUGAUAUUCUUAUCUCAGGUCACACACACAAGUUUGAAGCAUACGAACAAGAAAAUAAAUUUUACAUCAAUCCAGGAUCAGCUACUGGAGCAUACAACCCUCUUGAUACGUCAAUAAUACCGUCAUUUGUACUGAUGGACAUUCAGAGUUCCACUGUCGUGACAUACGUCUAUCAGCUGGUCGGAGACGAAGUUAAAGUCGAAAGAAUUGAAUAUAAAAAGAGUUAAGCCAACAAAUUAAGACUUUGAAAAUAUUAAGUUUGGUUACUAACCAAUGUCAGUCACUAUAUUAUGGUUCAUAAAUCCCAUCAUACAUAAAAUGAAUAAUAAAAUUCCUUUAUACAGUGUGCUCAGUCUUCAGCAUUUAUGGACAGAUUUGUUAAUAUAUGUAAAUAUAGCUUUUAUAGGGAUCAUUCGAUUGGUGUAAAUAAUAAAGUGGUUACAUAUUUCAGACUGUGCUACAGUUUUAUGGUAACUAGAGAGGUGCUUCUGUGCCGAAUAAAAAUAAAGCUCCCGUGCUUAAAACUCGCACUGCGAUGGCAUAUUUGGGAUGUACAUUUAUAUCCUGAGUAAUGGAUAGAGAUGAGUGAUCUGGUGUGUGCUCUGGCCACUUUAACCCCGUGAAAAAGUUGCGGUAUCUUCUGAAUUUGAAGUUAGACAGGCUUCAUCUUCGGUCUGAGCAUGGCGUAAAAAUUAUUUAAAAGAAUAAAGUAUUUUAUUUGGAAUAUUACUUGACCAAAUUCAGGACUUUUUAAAAUAAUGUUAAUUUAGCCCAGCUUUUGCAUGUGUUAUGGAAUCGGUGUUAGGUGGCAGACCACUUUAGUAGUAAGCACAUUAUAGAUUUUGCAAAAUAUUAAAUAAGCCUCAUAAGGUGUAAUCCAUUUUCUUUAUAAGAGGUAUCCUCAUGAGUAUCACAGAUCAACAAAUAUCCUCCCCCAUAAUUAGAAAUUGGAAGAAGGAUAGGACCGAAUGGAAGAGGAGAAUUGCGGAGGCCAUGGACCGGAGAGCCAUAGAAGAAGAAGAAGAAGAAUAUCCUCCCCCAUACUGUUUAAUUUAUUUAUGGGAAACAUGGUGUAGAGAGAACAGCAUAAUCUUUCACUGUAUUUAUAUAUUAUAAUAUAUUCAAUAUAUGUUAAGUCUUUACUUAACUUUUUUUUUGAGAAAAGUACUCGUAAAACAAAAUGUUAAUCAUCUCGAACGACUUGAAAUUUUUACCGUACAAACCAAGCGUUCUUAAUACCCCAUUUAAGUAGUGUGAAUCUGUAAUGUUGUAAUACGGCGUGUUUAGCGGACUUGGGUGAAAAUUAUCGCCGUGGUCCGAUACCUUAGCUGCUGAUCAUUGCCACACCUUUUUAAGGAGUCUAAUGAAAGACCAAAUUACACACGAGAGAGGAACGUCUUCGUGUCGGGACACCCUGAAAUUAUUCGAUACGCAGUAAACUCUUGUUAAGGGUGAGCAAAACUGUGGUAGACAGUUUGAACACUUAUAUGAUGUGAAAUAAAUUAAUUUGAUUAAUUA